UAUGCCACAAUGAGCACUUUCUUAGAUUAUUCGGUCAUGAGCAGUGAGGGGGGGUCGUGUUCCGUCAGAGCUUUCCACCCGGAUCACGGGAUUACAACUUUCCAGUCGUGCGCCGUGACGGUGAACAACUGCGGCGCGGAUGAGCGCUUCAUGGCGAGCAGGGCGUCCCCGGACGACGACCAUCAGCACCACCACCACCAGCAGCAGCAGCAGCCGGGGUCGUACCAUCCCGCCACGGGGAAUCUGGGCGUCGCGUAUGGCGCACACCCGGCCUGCGGCUCCGGCUACGGCGCGCAAAGUUUCUGCGCCUCCUACAACCAUUACGCGCUGAACCAGGAAGUAGACGCCGCCGCGGGGUUCCCACCGUGCGGCCCGCUCGUGUACUCGGGUAACCUUUCCACCUCGGUGGUGGCGCAGCAUCGCCAAGGUUACAGUGCCGCCCCUCUGGGGCAACUGCAGUACGGCCACCCUGCCUACGGAGGCGGCCACGAGCAAGCCACCCCCUUCCCGGGGUGCUCGAACCCUCUGUCCCCGCUGCAUGCCGCCCACUUGGAGGGAUGCUGCUCCCCCCUGUCCGAGGGAGCCUCCAACGCUCAGACCUUCGACUGGAUGAAAGUCAAGAGAAAUCCCCCCAAAACAGGGAGGUCAGGUGAGUUCGUCUACGGAAGUCAGGCCAACACAGUGCGCACCAACUUCACCACCAAGCAACUGACGGAGCUGGAGAAAGAAUUCCACUUUAACAAAUACCUGACCCGGGCGAGGCGGGUGGAGAUCGCCGCCACGCUUCAGCUGAAUGAGACUCAGGUGAAAAUCUGGUUCCAGAACCGCAGGAUGAAGCAGAAGAAGCGGGAGAAAGAAGGAUUGCUCCCGGUCAAGGCUGCGCCCUCUGACCCCGAAGAGCGCCUUCAAGAGAAAAUGGACGACGUGUCGUCAGAGAAGUCGCUUUCUGCUCCUUCGACCCCCUCCCCUCCUUCCUCGUCGGGGUCCUCCACUGGGGCCGACCCUUACUGCUCCAAUUAA